CUGUGCAUGUGAUCCUGGAUACAUUCAUGUUUCUCGAAGAAUAUGCCGCAUCCAUUCUUAAAAUUAGUCCAAUCUUUGUCUGGUGUUGCAGGUUGCUGGUGUCAACGAGGAGCAUGGAGAAUCGAGUCAAGGCGGCAUUUUGGGCACCGAAUCAUUUAUGACAGCGGUACGCUCGGAUUAUUUCGUCGACAAAACGAAACUGAUUAAAGUACUUUUCGAACGCCGAAAUGAUGAGCAUGUAGUUUUCCAUGGACCGAAGCGAUUCGGGAAGACGGUGAAUAUGGACAUGAUUCGGACCUUUAUCGAAAUAGAAACAGACGAGAAUGGUUACAUAGCCGACAGACUCAAACUUACGAAGCGCAAUGUCUUUGAAAAACUUGCCAUUGGGAACGAUAAGAAAGUUUUUCAAGAGUACUUUGCUGCUUUUCCUGUAAUUAAAUUCUCAUUCAAUAUAGCUCCUAGAUCAUACGAUCAUUUUAUAAGACGAUUUGCGCAUAUGAUCUCAACAGAAUACAGAAGACAAAAGAGGAAUCACUUUUUCCAUGGCUAUGGCGUCGAUAAUCCUAAGUCAGCAUACGCGAACAAUACUCAACUUGCGAGGUUAUUUGAGAAAUACGCAAUGGACCCUGACCAAGUACCCGAGUCCGAACUUUUAAACGCAGGAAAUGCUUUGGCAAACUUGCUCUAUGACAUCUUCAAUCGACCGGCAAUUUUACUAAUAGACGAAUACGAUGUGCCGAUAAGGCUCGCACUCCUCAACCCGAAUGUUGAAGACGAUGAUGCUAGUAAAAUCAUUGAUUUUCUCGCCGAAUUCUUGAAAAGCUUAGUAAAAUCAGGUCACAAGCUUGUAGAGCGUUCACUGCUUACUGGCAUCACCAGAGUAGGGAGCACAUAUACACAUGAAAUCAAUAAUCUAAAUUUUUACCGAAUAUUUGAUGAUCCACAUAUUGCCCCUUACUAUGGAUUUACACGGGAAGAAGUCAUACAUCUUACCAAAAAAUUUUCGGUUGAAGAUAAGAUUGACUUAAUGACAGAUUAUUACGAUGGGUUCAAAAUAGAUAAAGACUCAUCAAUGUUUUGCAUGCAGUCGGUGCUUAAGUUUUUGGCUUCAGGAAAACUAUGCUCAUACUGGAAUCCCUUCGAUCAUUAUUUUGAUUCUUUUUUCGAGUUUGAGCAAAUGGGCUCCUAUUUUGAUGAAAAUAUUGAUAAAGAAAUUAGCUGUGUAAUGAAAGAAAAAAUAGAGAAAGAUGAUCUUCUCACGCUCAAAAAGUAUAUUAAGCGUGACAAUUUUACAGAAUACCGUUCUCCCACUUUCUACUUGAUCUUACAAAUACUGGUAGAUGAAGGAGCAUUUACAAUUGUACGACGCGUCGGUCAAGAAAGGACUUUCAUUAAAAUCACAAACAUUGAGAUCAAACAACAACUCAUACGUAAGAUGUAUACAACAAAAUUUUAUUUAAAAAAAUUCAAUACCCCUGAAGAUUUACUUCAAAAGUACAUAAUAAGUGCCGCAAGUUUAAAAAACGACAACAGCAGCUUCAUUCAAUUUAAGAAGUCCAUUAAUGCGUUGCUAAACCUAAUGAAACCAUCAAAGGAAAUCGGUAUGCAAGAAGUUUUGUGCCAAGCACUACGGACAGAGUCAAAAAAAAGUCCCCUUUCUGAAAUUGUUUAUGUAGAUUCAGGAGUUCGGGUGAAAAACGUCACUAGAAAACAAAGUAAAUCUGAGAACCACGAUAGUUCCAAAACAACAACGUCAAUAUUAGACUGCUUAUACGUCUUGGACUACGGAUCGGAAGAGACUGGUAUAAUACUGGAGCUGAAGUAUAAACAGGAAUCGUCAAGGCUAGCAUUGACUCAAAUUCUCGAUCGACAAUAUUAUAAAACAUUCGACCAAGAUUUAAAAAGAAGGAAUGUCUUUAAUAUAAAAACAGAAGUUUUCAUUGGAAUUCAUUAUGAUCCCACUGCUAAUAAAACAUCCCUAAGUUAUCUGUGGAACGAUCGAGAUCUAAAGAAAGCUCAACACGUGUAGCUGGUGUGUACCGAUAAGUAUCCACGGUUCUAUUUAAAAAGUUUUAAUUUUUCUGGAGACCUGUAGUGUUUUGUUUUUGAUAAAAAUUUCAAGGAAGAUCUCUAGAUUGAAACAGUAGGGCAGAUUUUCGAGUUCUUCUGUAUUGACAGGUAAAAUGGUGGGAGAGGCCCAUACAGGGUGUUUCAGACCUCCCGUUCCAGGCCAUUUUCUCGGUUGUUUUAGGUCGUACAAAGUCGGGGAUCGCGGGGUUGUAUAGGGAAUUGACCCCAAGGAAUCCGAAUUUCGUGGUCCCAAAAUCCCCUUACCCCCCCUUGGGGGAUCACGAUGCUGAAAGUCGCGGUUCCCGACCGAAUUGCGGAUUAAUCGCAUCAGAAUUGAAAAGCACUAAAAUUUCUCGU